CAUGAGGCUGUUCCGGCGACUCGCCCCUGCCCCCUCCGCUGUGUAGGCUGUUUCGCCUGCUCCGCUCGCGUACCCCCCCUCCGAUCUUCUAUUUCGACUAUCGGCCAGCGAGCAGCCAAGAUGGAAAUUGUAAACCAGUUAGUGGCUAAUGGACAGUUCAGAGUGCUCAAAGUGCCCCUGGGCUUCAUCAAAGUCCUGGAGUGGGUGUUCGCCAUCUUUGCAUUUUCCACCUGUGGGAGCUACUCAGGCAUGUUUCGCAUGAGUGUGGAGUGCAGAAACAGAUCAGACAGUAACCUGAAAAUAGACGUGGACUUUGAAUACCCCUUCAGGCUCCACCAAGUCUAUUUUGAUGCUCCUUCCUGCAAGCGGAGCCAAACUGAACGUUAUUUCCUCGUGGGCGACUACUCCUCCUCCGCUGAGUUUUUUGUCACCAUCGGUGUCUUUGCCUUCCUGUACUCCAUGGCAGCUCUUAGCAUCUACGUCUUUGCCUUCGAGAAAUACCGCGAGAAUAACAAGGGCCCGUUGAUCGACUUUGGUGUGACGUGUGUGUUCACCUUCAUGUGGCUGGUGAGCUCAGCAGCUUGGGCAAAAGGAUUGUCAGAUGUGAAAACGGCCACGGAUCCGGAGAAGGUGCUGGAGCUCAUUCCGGCCUGUGAGGAAGAGGGCAAUCGUUGCCGCGAAGUUCACGACCCUGUCAUGUCCGGCCUUAACACCUCCGUGGUCUUUGGAUUCCUGAACCUGUUUGUGUGGGCAGGCAAUCUGUGGUUCGUGUUUAAAGAGACCGGCAUCAUCGCUCCUUUCAUGCGCCCUCCACCCGCCCAGGAGAAGCAGCCGGCCCCCGAAUCCUAUGGCCAGCAGGGCUACGGCCAGCAGGACCCCUACGCUGGUUCCCAGGGGGGCUACCAGCCCGACUACAGUCAGCAGGGUUACAACCAAGGGGGAAACUACGGGCAGGGUGGCGGCUACAACCAGCAGGGCGGCUACAACCAGCAGGGGGCGCCCACCUCCUUUUCCAACCAGAUGUGAGGAAGGAGAAGAGGAAGAGGCGGAUGGAGGCUGAAAGAGGGUGAUCGUGUGAUUAAUGGAGUGUGGUGCCUGAACCCUACCCAUACACCCACACUCUUCCCUUUCUGUCUGUUUGUGCAUAUGUCUGUGGACGAAAAGUUGAGGGGAGGGAAGGGGAGGGGGCCAAUAACUACAGAGAGACAGUAGGGCAUAGGGAGAAAGCAAGGGAAACAAAUCAGUGUGCUGUUCAUUAUUGUGAUGUAAAAAAUAAUAAAAAAAAGAAAAAAAAAGUAUGAUCAGAUGAAUACGCUCCAAAAUACGUAAAAGACAAAAAAUAUGAUUAUAAAUUAUUGCUAUAUAAAUUUUGAAUUGAUGAUGUUGACAAUAGUAAUGCUAAACUUGAGAGAAUGUAUUUGUCUGUGCUGUAUAAAUAUCAAUAUGAACAAAUAUAUAUAUAAAUAUUUCCUAAAGAUGUGUAUGGGAUUAUUCCACUGUAGUCUAUGUUAUGUUCCGAGAAGUUCACCGGUGAUGAAAAUCAUCGCUGAACCCAAAAGGAAGUGGUUCCUUGAGAAUUUUUACCUAUAGUGGUUUGGUACGAGUUACAUAGAUAUUCGCUAAAGUUGUAUCAGAAUUUUAUACGUUCAUCUGUUUCAUUUUCUUUCUGUUUCUAUAAGUUCUCUUUUUUUUUUCUUUUCAUCGGUGGGAUAGAGCAUUGAUCGGAAUGAGUUUGAGCUUAGAGAGUGGGCCCAGUUCUGCUGUCAGCAAUAGGUCUAUACAUGACCAAACUCGAGAUGGGACCAGAGAUGUUCCGCUGACCAGCAAAGCCUUUGUUAAAAGUAUUUUAUUGUAUUUUUUCUUUCCUUUCAGGCUGAGUUUUGUUUCUUCUGUCUGUAAUAUGAGAAGAACGUGUCUAAUACGUUAGCAUGGUUUGAGUAGCUCCUAAUGACUAUGCUUCCUCUACUAUGCCGCUCGAGUGUGUUAGUGCUGUUUCAUGCAAGUGGAUGACUAAAACUCAACUUCUGUUUGUGUAGUGUGGGCACCAGACAGGAAACCAAUCCUGUGUGUUGAGUUGUUGGUAGAUAGAUGUGCCAGUUUAAAUUUCAUCAAUAUUUUACCCUCCUCCCUUUCUACCCCCCCCCCCCCUUUCUCUAUCUCUCUCUCUUUCUGUCAUGCAUCCUUCGAAAAUACGCAUCGCUUUGUAACCACCAAAAAGAGUUUGAAGCACAAAUUGAUUUAUUAUAGUCUAGUUAUCCUGAAAUAUAUUUGCAAAUAUAUGUAUAUAUAAAUAUAAAUGUACAAUGCCAUGCAAACCUAGUAAUUUAAUAUUUUAUGUUAUGCAGCCAAUCUAUGGAAGAUACAGCGCCCAUGUCUGCAUCUGGAGUGAGUAAAAUGCUAACUAACAAAAUGCAAAUAUGUUUUUUAUGAUUUGAUCAUCCUGUAAAUGCCAGGACAGACAUUUCUUUCUGCUUGACUGGUCACUCAAAAUGCAGAUGUCAAACAUAACUGGCGUUUCAUGAUGACACAGGUCCUUUUGAAAUCAGCUACAACUAUGGAUCAACCUGAACUGCCCAUUCAGAUUCAACUUUAAAGCAAAUUUCAUCUUGAGCUUUUUGUGCCUCAUCUGUAUUUUACCGUUGGUUACCGCGUACAGUAAGUUUGAAGCAAAAGAACAAAAACCCUCAAAACUUGCUUAGAAUGAUAUUAAUUGGCUACCCAUUGGCUUUCAUUAUAAACAUGUCUAGAGUCGGUGGGUUUUUGUUGUUUUAUAUUAGUUCUGAAAUAACUGUCUUUGGUAAACAGGGCUGGUUGUAACCUUUUGGGGACCCUAAGCCAAAUUGUGUUGGGGGCACCCCUUCUGGCUAGCUGUUAAAAUGCAAAAUGAUUGGCGAACUAAAUGCAAUGACUACCACAAGUUGUCUAAAAUAUGUACAUUUCUAACUGGCUAAUUUGCCUAUUUCUGAUGAUUAGAUACUUGUUUGGGUUUCUAAUAUGUUACAGUUUAAAUUACAGAUAACAUUUUCAGCAUUCUCGAAUCUCGGGGUCUUGCUUAUCUAGCUGAGUUUGAGCUAACCCUGCAGGCAGUGACAACAGCAUCUUUUUUGCUGUUGUAAAUGCUUUACUUUCGACACAUUUAGGAAGUAUGAUUUCUUUUUCUUUAAUUGGCGAGUGUUUCUCAUGUUUCACGCAAUCGGCUGUUCAUCAUAAACAUCACACCUUCAUGUACAGGUGCGCAAGGAGUAAUCAGAGCAUGAUCUAAACCUGGAAUAACAGAGACACUUGCCACUAUUAUAUAUAACAGGAGCCACAGCUGUGUAUGUUUCUGAAUUAUGGUCAGAAAGCCCGUCUAAAGUGAACCAGCUUUGUUAGACAGACCCCAAAUACACUACUUUAUCCAAAAAAACACUAUGAACUAAAUUAUACUCUUAUCUUUGAGCUUUUUCUCCUCAUCUUCUCUUUUUCUUUACCACUGUUUGGCUCCAGUUGUAUAUGCUGGCUUUUACAACAUGAUUAACUAGUUGCUUUUUCGUAUAACAUAAUGAUAAUUCAGUAGCCCAGAAGUUGUUAGGGGGCCCCAGGGUGGCCACUCUAUUAGGUAGAGCUGCCACUGGCAGUAAUUGACUAUAUGCUGCAGUUGAAGCAGAUAGAAGUUAAGUUGAAAAUGCUGGAAUUUUUCUUUAACCCAGAUUUACUUGUAUAAGACUUACAGUCUGCCUGUUACUGUAUGUUAUAAGCACUGAAACACUAAGAUUGUACAGAUAUAGUAAUCCACUUGUCAGGAAGACCUAUAUUGCUUAAAUGCUGUAUUAAGCCUGGGGACGUCACAACCAUAGACUCCGCACCCUCAGUAUUUUUCAGUGAGUUCAUUCAUUUAGUAGACAGUGCUAUGAUGAGCUUUUCAGUAGUCAUGCAUGAUCAGAUGCUCAGGUCUAGCUUGCCCCGAUUUAUGACUGAAUCUCGUUGAAUAUUUGCACACUUUUAAGUCCUCCAUGGUCGUAAAAGCAAAAACAGUUUUCGCUUCUGAAUAGAACUAGACUGUCGGCCUGUGAACCUCGAUUAGCACGCCUCUCCUUCCCUAUUUUCUCUCUCUCUCUUCCUCUUUCUCUCGCUCACUCUCUCUGCUCUGUCCCACUCCUCUCUCCCUAAAUGAAUAUGCUGUUCAACUACUCUGUUGUUAGUGGUGUUUGGUAUGUCUCGUGAAACUCUCAAUGCCUUUGGGUUGUGCUGUAUUUAUUGUGUAUAAUAUAUUCUUAGCGUUCAAUGAUGUUGAUGAUGAAAAUGGAUAUGACCAUGCUGAAGAAUCAAGAAUCACCAAAUUUAUCCAGAAAUUCUGUUGUGUUGUUCUAUGGAGUCCAUGAAGGAAAAAUUCAAUAAAGAAUAACUUAUCCUGUUGAAAAACA